UAUAUAUCUCCCCAAUUCCAAGUUGACAGACUGAUCCAAAACCUCCCGUCUCCUUGUGUCCUUUCUUCUUCUAAAUAGUUAAUACUUUUAUACUCCGCCUGCAAAAUUUUCUCCGUCUACGAAGCUGAGGCUCACGUGGUGGUGAUGGGAUCAAUCUCCGCCUUAUCCAGAUCUCCUUAAUUGAAAACCUAGGGUUUUGAUCCUUCAUCGCAUCCUCCAUCUCUGCUACAGAGUGAAGCGUUCAAUCGGAGAAGAAUUAAGAAUCAGAAAGGGGGGAUUUGAUUUUUCCUUCUUUCUUAGGGUUUGGGGAGGGAGCGGGUAGCUGAGAAAUCGUCAUCGGAAAAGUCGCAGGAGGUGUCGGGAAGAGAUUGCAGCGGUGGCGGGGCGACGGGUUGGUGGGGGGUUUCGGAGAGCAUAGGAUAUAAAAUGCCUUCGGUGCCCAUUCUGCGUUCUCCGGUUCUUCCUUCUCUAACACCCUACCAUGGAGGGAUGUGCUCGCAUCGUUUGAAACGGCUCGAAAAGAGUAAUCGGCGUGGUAAUCUUAGUUAACAUUAGGUUCCUUCUUCUUCUUCUUCUCCCCCCUCUUUUUACCUCCAGUUUGCUCCUCCCCUUUUAUUGCCGCUUACCUGUACUUGAGAUCUCUUCCGGGAGCUCUAUUGUUGUACUUGUUCCUCUCCAUCCCUGGUGUGCGUGUGCGUGUGCUCGCUGAAAGUCUGGAAAGUUCGUCGAUCUGGUCGUGUUUGGAGAGAUCGGUCAUUGGAUUUGCUUCAACCUUCGUGAUUAGUUUUCUGUUCAUUGUCUUUGUAACUGUCGAUGGACGUUGGCCACCGUGGUGCUGGUUCUGUUGAGGAUCUUCUGGUGGAUGAAGAGGAAGUCGAUCUUGGAAAAUUGAGGUCCGAAAGUACUCAAGAAACAGAUGCAUUUGAUAGAGAUCACCUCGAUGAUGGAGGUGGAGGUUGUGAAUCAAUCGGCUCAUCUGGGCCUCAACCUGUCUCCAGUAAUUGCUUGGACAAAGCAGCAAAAUUCCCCUGUCCUAGCGACAAGGCAUCCAGUCUAGAUUCAUCAAAUGAUGAUGCUCCAGAGGAAGCAUUGCACUUGCUGUUCUCCGAAGAGCCCCUGCAGGCCGCCGAGUCUAUAAAACUCAUACCUGCCCUGAAAGGUAGCCGAGAGAAAAUGGGUAAGGCGGCACCAAGGCAGCAGCUGAGUGUGACUUGGGCUCCUGAUGUGUAUGACCCUGUUCCCAAUUCUCUCUGCCACACGGUGAAGAGCAGUAAGAAGAAAUCUAGAAGAGAGAAAGAUAGAGAUAACAACCACCACCACAACAAGAAGAAUGGAAAGAAGGGACAGAAGGGUAGUGGUAGUACUUCAUCCUCGCGAGGAGGCAGCAGCAGCAGUAGUAGUAGCAAGGACAAGAAGCAAAUCCGGAGAAAGCCCGACAACAAGUCUUCUUAUAAAACAUUGGAUAUCUGUGAUGACAGAUUUGGCGAUUCUUCAAGUGGGCUUAGCUUUGACGUGGCUAGUGCAGACUACUGCGGCAGCAGCUUCCUUAAGAAAUCUGUAACAGAGUUCCAUUACUCUGUUGCUGAGGCGUUGUGAUCUUAGACCUUGGCUUGGUUUCAUGCGAUAACUAAGCCCGGCCUCCAGCUUGUGUCUUUCCUUUUUCUUCUGUGAAUAAAUAAGUGCUCUUAUGGGAGUGUAGAAGUUUUUAGAACGUCUAAAUCUGUGCUGUGUACUGUACGAUUGUUGUUUGGUAGUUAAUUUGACAAGGAGACCAGCCUGGUUCUGUGUGAUGUGUCUUUGUUCUAAUAUCAUGUACUUCUGACUUAUUAUUUCCAAGGUUUAGUUGCUUCUUGACUUGUGACUUAUGAGGUUGUUCUUCAGUCUAUGGGAUUAGUUGCUAUAAACUUGAAAGCAUGCCAACCACGCAGGGAGAUCUUCAAUUCACUUGCUUAAACCUUUCAGGGCAACAAUGAUAACGAUGCCAAAAA